UAUCCACCUCAACAAUCUUUCCCUUUAAUAACAUAUCAACAACAAGCACAGCCAUUAACAACAAAUCAACAACAACAAAAUCUAUAUUAAUUAAUAAUAAAAAUAAAAAUAAAAACAAUUCUGUAUCGUUAGAAUAUCCUCCAUUCAACCCUAUAACUCCAACAUAUCUUCCUGAUUGUAUUCUUAAUAAACCUCUACAAUUUGAUCUUAAAUUAGCAGAAUUAGAAGCUAUUCAUCUAUCGGAUAUAAUCUAUACGAUUGGAAAUAUAAAAUUAACACAGAAUGAAAUAGAUCUAUUAUCGAAAGGUUUGAAAUUUAUUCUAAAUAAACCCUUUCAUUUAAAUGAUCAACUUCGUUUAUGUAUACAAAAAUUUCUGUCAUCCUCCAAAUCGCUUAAACAUAUAAAAACGGAUGAACUUCUAUUAUCUAUAUUUUCUAACCGUAGAGAUUUUACUCAGAAUGUAUCAAAGGAAGAACAAUUGGCGUUAAUUCAUUUACAAAAUCGUACUGAUAUUAUAAUUCGUCCAGCAGAUAAAAAUGUUGGUAUUGUGGUAUUAGAAUCUAAUGUAUAUGAAUCCAAAGUAUUACAACAACUACAAGAUACAGAAUUGUUUUUAUUUUUAUUUUUAUUAUUAAUUAAUAUAGAUUUUGUUGUUGUUGAUUUGUUGUUAAUGGCUGUGCUUGUUGUUGAUAUGUUAUUAAAGGGAAAGAUUGUUGAGGUGGAUA